AUGUCUAAUCUCCCUAAUGUUGCAGGUGCAGAUCCUGUCUCUUUUCCACUUGACGCGUUUCGAGUUGCUAUCGCAGUUCACCUGUCCAAAUCGCUCCAGAUAUCAGUCGACAUUGCCUUUACGGGCGUGGAUCUAGGCAAAAAAGGUGUUGACUUUACAGUCGCUGUCCCUCGGUUCAGGCUGAAAACAAAGCUGCCGGAAUUGAUUCAGAAGGUUACGAGCACGUUUUCUCCCGAUCAGUAUUUAGAACGUGUAGUAGGGGAAUCUCCAUUUGUCCAUUUUUAUGUGCGCACGUCAACACUUGCUCGCCUCGUCUUGGACAAAGCAUAUGCCGGGAAUUCCGCCAACAAUUCGGGCGAUACGUACGGUACCAAUAAGCAGGGUAUCGGGAGGAAAGUCAUCGUAGAAUUCAGCAGUCCCAACAUCGCGAAGCCUUUUCAUGCGGGUCACCUUCGAAGCACUAUCAUCGGUGCGGUGAUCUCUAACAUCUAUGAGGCCAAUGGGUGGCAGGUUGUUAGAAUGAAUUACCUCGGUGACUGGGGCAAACAAUUCGGUCUUCUUGCCGUAGGGUUCGAACGCUACGGUUCGGAAAAGGCAUUGGCGGAGAAUGCGAUCAUGCAUCUAUUUGAAGUGUAUGUCAAAGUCAACCGCGACGCCGGUAUGGAGAAAGAAAGAGGGAAAAAAGAAGUCACGAAUGAGCUUGCUCGUGAAGUAUUUCGAAAGAUGGAGGCCGGGGAUGAACCAACCCUCGCGAUUUGGCACCGUUUUCGUGACUUAUCUAUUCGCAAAUACACUGAGGUUUAUGCUCGGCUCAACAUCCGCUUCGAUACCUACGCGGGAGAGUCCCUCGUCAGCCCUGCUCAGAUCAAGGCGGCAAUGGAUAUCCUUCAGAGCGAAGGACUACUAUCCACAAAGACCUCCGAGGAAAGCGACAGUGAUUGGAAGAAGAAGCGGGCUGCGAUGGCUGCAGGUGUUCUCGUCAUGCAGGACGAGGAUUCUGAGGAACCAUCGGCCGGAAAUGACCUUGCUCUUGCUGUCGAUCUGAACCAAUGGAAGCUUGGGAAGCCUGUAGUGCAGAAGCCAGACGGCACCACUAUCUAUAUCAUGCGAGAUAUAGCUGGCGCUUAUCAGCGCUACGAGGAGUACAAAUUUGAUAAAAUGAUCUACGUUGUCGGCGACCAGCAAGAUCUCCAUGUUGCGCAAUUUUUCAAAAUCGUCUCACUCAUGCGCGCCCCUUUCGCAGAUAUGGUUGAGCACGUCAAUUUCGGGCGUGUGAACGGGAUGAGCACGCGCAAAGGAGACGUCAAGUUCCUGGACGAGAUUCUGGACAUGGCGAAAGGAGCUAUGCUCUCACAGAUGCAACAGAAUGCUGAGAAGCUACAACAAAUUGAGGAUCCCGAAUCCACUGCUGACGAGAUCGGAAUGACUUGCAUCAAAAUCCAGGAUAUGCAGGCAAAGAGAGUACAUGCGUACAAUUUUGACCCUCAACGCAUGACGUCCUUCGAAGGCGACACCGGUGCCUAUCUACAAUAUGCGCACGCCCGUCUCUGUUCUGUUGAGCGUAAAGCAGCGCCAGCGGUCGUCCUUCCACUUUCUUCAUCCGAUAUCGAUAUCGCACUUCUCGCGGAGCCCAAAGCUCGUGAGAUCAUUAUCCUCCUUGGAACAUACCCCGACCUGGUGCGCACCGCGCUCAAGACGCACGAACCCAGCAACAUAGUAUCAUUCUGCUUUAGGCUGAGCCACGUCAUAAGCUCUACUUGGGAAUCACUUAUUGUGAUGGGAACGGAACAUAAACUGGCUCAAGCUCGCCUUUUCCUGUUCGCCUGCGCUCGGGAUGUUCUUGGGAACGCCAUGAAGUUACUAUCGCUCUCGCCGCUGACUAGAAUGUAA